UUCCAGAGCAAAGUACAUCGCUAUGUCUGUCGGCGGAUAACUCCAAGGAGAGUAGACUGAAGAGUCCUCCAAAGUCUCUUUGUACUGUAAAGGACUUCUCUAACAUUUUAACUACCAGUUAUGCACUAAUUCUCGCUCUUUCCUAUUUUGCGUACAUUUGCGGAGUUUCUCUCUGGCUCACCAGAGACGCACUGAGCCUUUUCCGGCAUUUGGGAGGGGAUCUUGUAGUUAGAGUGAGACAGAAAGAGCUUCAACUUUGUGGCUGGGCAUGAAGUAAUCUUCUCCUUGGAUCUACAGAAGGUUGUUCCUCUUUUCCAGCUAAAGCAUCAAAGAUUUAUCCCAAUCUCAUGAUGGGGUCUAAGCAUAACUCAUCGGGCAAUAGAACACGCCCCUUGUCGAUAUUUGUUAUUAUUGGUCUCUGCUGUUUCUUUUACCUUUUGGGAGCUUGGCAGAAGAGUGGCUUUGGAAAAGGGGAUGGCAUAGCUUUGGAAAUAACCAGGCAGACCGAUUGCAACAUCUUUACGGAUUUAAAUUUCGAGGCUCACCACAAUGUCGUUGAAAUUAUUCAACCUUACACGCCUAAAGCCAAAGUUUUCAAGCCAUGUGAUAUUCGAUACAGAGAUUAUACUCCUUGUCAAGAACAAGACCGAGCAAUGAAAUUCCCAAGGGAAAAUAUGAUAUACAGGGAAAGACAUUGCCCUCCAGAUGACGAAAAAUUGCACUGUCUUAUCCCAGCGCCGAAAGGAUAUGCAACUCCUUUCCCCUGGCCUAAAAGCCGUGAUUAUGCCCACUAUGCUAAUGUUCCUUAUAAAAGCCUGACGGUUGAGAAGGCUGUCCAGAAUUGGGUGCAGUUUCAGGGAGAUGUGUUCAAAUUUCCAGGUGGAGGAACAAUGUUCCCUCAAGGCGCAGAUGCAUAUAUUGAUGAACUUGCAUCAGUUAUUCCAAUUGCAGAUGGCUCUGUCAGAACAGCACUGGAUACUGGUUGCGGAGUUGCAAGCUGGGGUGCGUACUUGCUAAAGAAAAAUGUAUUGGCAAUGUCCUUCGCACCAAGGGACAAUCAUGAAGCACAGGUACAGUUUGCAUUAGAACGAGGUGUACCUGCUGUUAUAGGUGUUCUUGGUUCAAUACAUCUUCCAUACCCAUCAAGAGCCUUUGAUAUGGCUCAGUGCUCUCGAUGUUUGAUACCAUGGACUGCAAAUGAUGGCAUGUACCUGAUGGAAGUUGACCGAGUCCUCAGACCUGGUGGAUACUGGAUCCUGUCUGGCCCUCCAAUCAAUUGGAAGACCUACUACCAAACUUGGAAACGAUCUAAGGAGGAUGUCAUGGCCGAACAAAGAAAGAUUGAAGAGCUGGCGGAACUUCUUUGCUGGGAAAAGAAGUAUGAGAAGGGAGAUAUUGCUAUUUGGAGGAAAAAAGUAAACGCCAAAUCAUGCAGAAGAAAGUCAGCCAAUAUAUGUGAAUCAAUGGAUGCUGAUGACGUGUGGUACAAGAAAAUGGACACGUGUAUAACUCCUUUCCCCGAGGUAACCAGUGCAGAUGAAGUAGCAGGAGGGGAGUUGAAGAAGUUUCCAGCUAGGCUUUUUGCAGUCCCUCCCCGAAUAGCUAAAGGAUCCAUUGAAGGUGUUACAACUGAAUCUUACCAAGAGGAUAAUAAACUAUGGAGAAAACGUUUAGAUGUCUACAAAAGGACAAAUGGAUUGAUUGGCACUACAAGAUAUCGGAAUGUCAUGGAUAUGAAUGCAGGCCUUGGAGGAUUUGCUGCUGCUCUUGAAUCACGAAAAUCUUGGGUGAUGAAUGUGGUGCCUACAAUUGCUAAGAACACUUUAGGUGUCAUUUAUGAGAGAGGUCUAAUUGGCAUAUAUCAUAACUGGUGUGAAGGCUUUUCUACUUACCCAAGGACAUACGAUCUUAUUCAUGCUAGUGGUGUAUUCAGCUUGUAUCAGAACACGUGCCAACUAGAAGACAUCCUUCUGGAGAUGGAUCGCAUCUUGCGGCCUGAAGGGUCUGUCAUCUUGAGGGAUGAAGUUGAUGUCCUGAACAAGGUUAAGAAAAUUGCUGGAGGCAUGAGAUGGAAUACCAAGUUGAUAGAUCAUGAGGACGGACCCCUUGUGCCGGAGAAGAUAUUGGUUGCAUUCAAACAGUAUUGGGUCGGCGGUAGCGGAAACAGCACAUCCAAUGACAAAUAAACCAGGAGAUUGUUUGGUGGUGAUUGGAAGCAAGAGUCUAGCACCAAAAUUACCAACUUGCUCUGAUGUGUAGGUACUCAAAAGAGUUCUGAUCCUCAGAUAUGGCAUGCAUCCUUGUAUUCAUUUUGGAGUAGGGCUUUAAAAAAAAGGACAUCCAAAUAAUUAUUUCCACUAUACCAGAGAGAUAAUUCUUAAGCAUGACAUUGAUAAUUAUCAUAAUCAAUUAUUACUGCUUUAUUGACUUUA